AUAAGCUGAAGAAAGCAUAUGGCCGGCGAUGAAGAAAUGAAGAAGAGAUCAGAGGAAGAAAAGGCAGCUAUCCUAUGGGACUGUGGGAGUUCUUUAUAUGAUGCAUAUGAAAUAGCUUCACUUGGUCACGUUCUUGAGCGGCAUACGAUGGCCUUGCCACUUUUCUGCGGCCCUAGACGCUUCACGGUUUCACCAACUACAUCAAGCUCAGAACAUGGCCGCGGUACCCUAGAGAAGGAAGCUGCAGUCACCAUUUCUGUAAGGAGUAGCUUGAUCAGGAAAAGGAGGAGGAUGAACGUGGAAAUGAACGAGAUGGCCAAGAAACUUAGGAGCACGUUUUCUGUUAUCUGCAGCACCGUCGGUUUAUGCAAGAAGAAUGAUAUAAACGUGAAGAAUAUUGAGAAUAUCUUUACUCUAUAGAUUCUUCCACAGCUGACAUGCCUGGAGUUUCUUUGCAUGUAACCUUAUCAUUUUUAG